AUGGACUCAGAGUUGGCGUCUUGGAGAUCCACAGGCACCUACUUCGACGCAGUUCCCCCUCCCAGGGCGAACGUAGUCGAUGGCAUGUGGCUCUUCAAGGUGAAGCGGCCGCCUGGAGCACCGCCGGUGUUCAAGGCGCGCUAUGUGGCUAGGGGCUUCAGUCAGCGUGAGGGAGUUGACUUCUUCCAGACCUUCGCCCCGACCCCGAAGAUGACUACUCUUCGGGUGUUACUCCACAUAGCAGCGCAGCAAGACUACGAGCUGCAUUCCCUCGACUUCUCCACUGCGUUCCUCCAGGGCCGACUGCACGAGGAGAUCUGGCUGCGCUAUCCUCCUGGCUUUACUGACACCUUCCCACCUGGGACCCAGUGGAGCCUGAGGCGACCAGUCUACGGUCUCCGCCAGUCGCCCCGUGAGUGGCACGACACUCUUCGCUCCACGCUUCGUGACCUUGGGUUCAGCCCGUCCUCCGCCGACCCGUCGCUGUUUGUUCGAGCGGGUUCUACUCCUUUCUUUAUCCUUGUCUACGUCGACGACUUGGUGUUUGCUACAGCUGACAGGGCAGCCCUGGCUCAGGUGAAGUCCGAACUGCAGAAGAGACACAAGUGCACUGACCUGGGUGAGCUGCAGCGCUACCUUGGCCUGAAGAUCACCCGGGACAGAGCCGCUCGCACCAUCACACUGACGCAGUCACACAUGGUGCAGCAGGUCCUUCGGCGGUUCGACUUCCAGUUCUGCACCACACAUCCCACUCCUCUUGCUGUUGACCACAGACUCACGGGCCCCUUUCCUGACGAGCCCUUCGAGUCCAGUGGACCCUACGCAGAGCUGGUGGGCUGCCUCAUGUACCUGAUGACUUGUACUCGACCGGACCCAGUGGCGUUGACUGGUCACUACGACUCUUCCUACGUUGACGACGUGGAGACUCAGCGCUCGACUCAGGGUUACUGCUUCAGUCUGGGAGCUGGUGCUGUGUCGUGGAGGUCUACACGGUCGUCGUUUGUGGCUAUUUCCAGUGCAGAGGCAGAGAUCUACGCUGGUGCCAUGGCGGCACAGGAGCUUCGCUGGUUGACCUUCUUACUCGCCGACCUUGGUGAGCGGCCUCACUCUGCACCGACCUUGUAA